AUCGGGGCCCGGCAUGCUCCCCCAGAGCCCAUUCCCUCUCCUGUCCCCCUGCCCGCCUGGCCAGGGCCCGGCCGCCCGCCGUGGAUGAGCCACCGGACCUCUUCCACCUUCAGAGCGGAGAGAAGCUUCCAUUCCUCCUCGUCCUCCUCAUCCUCGUCCUCCUCAGCCUCCCGCGCCCUCCCAGCCCAGGACCCGCCCAUGGAGAAAGCCUUGAGCAUGUUUUCUGAGGAUUUUGGCAGCUUCAUGAGGCCCCACUCCGAGCCCCUGGUCUUCCCAGCCCGUCCUGGGGGGCCGGGCAACAUCAAGACCCUCGGGGAUGCCUACGAGUUUGCGGUGGACGUGAGCGACUUCUCACCCGAAGACAUCAUUGUCACCACCUCUAACAACCACAUCGAGGUGCGGGCUGAGAAGCUGGCAGCUGACGGCACAGUCAUGAACACCUUUGCUCACAAGUGCCAGCUGCCCGAGGAUGUGGACCCCACUUCAGUGACCUCAGCCCUGAGGGAGGACGGCAGCCUCACCAUCCGAGCCCGGCGUCACCCACACACGGAGCAUGUCCAGCAGACCUUCCGGACAGAGAUAAAAAUCUGAGGGCCUCCCCCUAUCCCCCCCCCCCCACCUGCCCUUGUUCCCUGCUGGCCUGCCAGAGACAUUUUCCUCACUCCUCAUACCUUGCAGGACAUCUCAGCUCAAGUUCCAGGCCCUGACACCAUCAGACCCCAGGUGGGUCACCACCCCCCCAGCUGAGGCCUUCUGCCUCACCUGUGGCCCCCAGAUUCCAGAUGUGACCUCUUUCACUUAAUUCAAAAUAAAGGGAUUGAGAUUGGAAUGGGAGACCCCAAAGAACCAACUUUGGGGAAGUGGUCUGGGACAGGCAGAAGCUCUAGGCCAGUAAUCUGCAGGACAGACAGAUGGACAACUCCUUAGACCUAUGGAGUCCCUGCGGGGGGACAGGGACCCGGGACCCCCUUGGCCAAGGGGAGUGGGCGAGGCAGAGGCAGAUAUUAGCGGAGGCACUGAUCCCAGCUGGGUGGCACAGGGGAGCCACAGGGGGGCAGCCAUGGUGGGGACCCUCUCCUCUGCCACUCCCUGAGCCCCAAACCAGCUGGCAGGCUGCCUGCUCCCUGGUGCCCCCACCGUCCAGCUGUGCCAGGGCAGGGCCACAUGACCUCUGCACAUAGAUGGGGUUUUUCCAAUACAGCGGGUUCGUGUUAAACUGCAACACUUCUGCUCUCUGUUACCUGCUGUGCCCUCAGGCAAGGCCUGGCAGAGGGGUGGGGCUGGUCCCUCCUGCCACCUGGAGACCCGGGCUCCUGGGGCUGCCUCCGCAGACAGGUUGCCCAGCUGAGGUGAGAGAGAGGACACUGAUCGGGCCUUGGGUCUUCAAGGUUGGACCCCGGCUUCUUGCCAACCUCCCCCCACGGCCAGUCACCUUCCCCGUCCUGCCCCGUCUUCAGUGGAUGAAUCUAUAAGGCCUGGUAUGUGUCUACCACACACGCAGGGGCACACGGGCACACCUAUCGUCCUGUCCUUCAACUACUGGGCACAACCAUUGGUUGAGACUGAAUCCAGAACAUUCUACAAUCAGAUUUUACAAUCUCUAUUUUUAUCAAUGGGGAAACUGAGUCUCUGAGUGGUUGAAUGCCCAGCUUACUCAUUAAAGGUUGGAUCUGAA